UAUUUAUGCACAAAUACGGUGUGCACAGCCUUGAGUCACGCUGCUGCACAAAGAACUGGACUUCAGUGUUGUGUGUAUGUGACAACGGUCUCUUCCAAGCAGUGAGUAGGUGCUUUGCCUCCUUGUGAAACAUCUGAUGAGCCACUUGUGCGGAGUCAGCUACACCCCUUGCUGGCUGAGUGACAGUCCCCGCAGUAUAAAAGGGCCCUGAGGGGCAGACUGUGCUGGGUGCAGCUGAUACAGCAGCAGAACGAGGGCUUCUCCCAGGGCCUGCGGAUAGAAAACCUGUGCUGAGUUGUAGCUACCAACAGUUAAACUGCACAAAAUGCGUGAGAUCGUGCACCUUCAGAUUGGCCAGUGUGGAAACCAAAUUGGAGCUAAGUUCUGGGAGGUGAUAAGUGAUGAACAUGGAAUCGAUAUUGCUGGAAACUACUGUGGGAAUGCAUCGCUGCAGCUUGAGCGAAUUAACGUGUACUUCAACGAGGCUUAUUCCCAUAAAUUUGUGCCCCGUUCUAUCUUGGUGGACCUGGAGCCUGGGACAAUGGACAGCGUACGAUCUAGCAAAAUAGGCCCACUAUUUCGACCUGACAAUUUUAUCCAUGGUAAUUCAGGUGCUGGAAACAACUGGGCUAAGGGCCAUUACACAGAAGGAGCUGAACUGAUUGAAAAUGUCAUGGAUGUGGUCAGGAAUGAGUGUGAGAGCUGUGACUGCCUGCAGGGAUUCCAGCUGAUCCAUUCGCUUGGUGGUGGUACAGGCUCAGGUAUGGGCACGCUCCUCAUCAACAAAAUCCGAGAGGAAUAUCCCGACAGAAUUAUGAACACUUUCAGCGUUGUUCCUUCACCCAAAGUAUCCGACACAGUUGUAGAGCCCUAUAAUGCCAUCCUCUCCAUCCAUCAACUAAUAGAGAAUACAGAUGAAACCUUUUGCAUCGACAACGAAGCACUAUACGACAUAUGUUUUAGAACUUUAAAGCUCACCAAUCCCACCUAUGGGGACCUCAAUCACUUGGUGUCCCUGACCAUGAGCGGUGUUACCACCUCACUCCGUUUUCCCGGUCAGCUGAAUGCAGACCUGAGGAAGCUGGCUGUUAACAUGGUGCCCUUUCCUCGCCUGCAUUUCUUUAUGCCAGGCUUUGCUCCACUAACAGCGCGAGGUAGCCAGCAGUACAGAGCCCUCUCAGUGCCAGAGCUUACUCAACAGAUGUUUGAUGCACGCAACAUGAUGGCAGCCUGUGACCCCCGUCGUGGGCGUUAUUUGACUGUGGCGUGCAUCUUCAGAGGCCGGAUGUCUACCAGAGAAGUGGAUGAACAGUUGCUGUCCGUCCAGACCAAGAACAGCUCCUACUUUGUGGAGUGGAUCCCUAACAAUGUCAAAGUGGCUGUGUGUGACAUACCGCCACGAGGACUGAAGAUGGCAGCUACCUUUAUUGGCAAUAACACGGCCAUUCAGGAGCUCUUCAUCAGGGUUUCCGAACAGUUUUCAGCUAUGUUCAGAAGAAAAGCGUUUCUCCAUUGGUACACUGGGGAAGGCAUGGAUGAGAUGGAGUUUUCUGAAGCAGAGGGAAACACCAAUGACCUUGUUUCUGAGUACCAGCAGUACCAAGAUGCCACUGCAGAUGUUGAGGAAUAUGAAGAAGUGGAAGCAAGCCCAGAAAAGGAAACAUAAAAACAAUGGCAGUAUAGAACAUUCUCCAAGUAAGCCUGUUGUCAUGCACUAAAGGAAAAGCAUUAGCCACAAGCCGCAUAUCAGAAGUAACACCUUCCUUAAGAUAGUUUUCCUCUCCAAAAUUACAGUACAGUGCUUUGGAAAUGAACAGCAGGUGUGCUCUACUUCCCUGUCGACAUUAAAUCACUCCCAGAAAAGAUCCACUAUGAAGACAGGUUCCCUUGUAACAGUCUUGUAAAUGUAUUCUCUUCUGGAAUAUUAUUGCUAGAUGCUGCAUGUACUAUACAGCCUGUGUGUGUCUAUUGGGAUCACAAACAAUAGCAGAUGAUGUUAUAAACUCAUUGAAUUUCCUUAUUUUCUAUUAUUAUUUUUCUAUGUUAGCAGCCCUGUCACGCUGCUGGUUUGCAUUACUGCAGAGCUUGUACUCAUUUUAUGGUUUAUUUCAGUUUCAAACUAUAGCUUCAGUUAUACUCGCAUUCCACAUUGCAAACAGUGUUUAACAGUUCUGGUGUGGUGUUCUGGGUUUUGUUUCCCUCUUUCUAUGUAGUAACUAUUGUAAAUUUCCUCCCUGUUACUCAGUACAGCAACAGAUGGAGUGGUUUGCAGCUCAAUAAGUGAUGUGAGUUCAAUGGCAAUCACUAAACGAGAAAAACACCUCGAGGAAGAAAAACAUGCCUUCCACAGCCACCGACUGAACAGUGCGUUUAUAAUAUUCCUUGAAAUAAAAAUAUAUGGCGUUCUGUAAAAUACUGCAACACUUGAAAAAUUUAAA